CUGGAGGCCCUCAGAGCUCGUCGGCGAGGCAGAGCGGAGCGGGUUCCUGCUUCAACAGUGCUUGGACGGAACCGGCCGCGCUCGGGCCCGCCGCCACCGCUGACCGCCUUCAUCGCCCCGCCGGACUUCACCGACACACACCCCACCGAAAGGCAGCGCCAUGGCAGCUCCCCCUUCUCAGGUGCGUCAGAACUACCACCAGGACUGCGAAGCCGCCAUCAACCGCCAGAUCAACCUGGAGCUCUACGCCUCCUAUGUGUACCUCAGCAUGUCCUACUACUUCGACCGGGAUGAUGUGGCUCUGAAAAACUUUGCCAAGUAUUUCCUGCAUCAGUCCCACGAGGAGCGUGAGCAUGCUGAGAAACUGAUGAAGCUGCAGAACCAGAGGGGCGGGCGCAUCUUCUUGCAGGACAUCAAGAAGCCAGAUCGUGAUGACUGGGAGAAUGGACUGACUGCAAUGGAAUGUGCCCUGCACCUGGAGAAGAAUGUGAACCAGUCACUGUUGGAGCUGCACAAACUGGCAACUGAAAAGAAUGAUCCACAUUUGUGUGACUUCAUUGAGACUCAUUACCUGGAUGAGCAGGUCAAAGCCAUCAAGGAGCUGGGUGACCAUGUGACCAAUCUGAGGAAGAUGGGGGCACCAAAGUAUGGCAUGGCGGAGUACCUCUUUGACAAGCACACCCUUGGGGACAGCGACCAUGACAGUUGAAGUCAUGCCAAGAGCCACCCUCUGGGUUUCAGUGGGACUCCUACUUCACUGUCCAGCCAUGCAUGCAUUUCCAGCUAUCUAGAUAAACAGUUCUUAUACUCUGUACCAAAUAUCACCCCUCUUUUCUCUUGUGUUUUGUGUAUCGCCCUCCAUCCAAUAAAGUGACUUGGUUCAA